GACAAUUGCCUGAGCAAUAGAUGUAAUCAACGGUUAAAAAAACCGCCGCUGAUCCCUGAGAUUUCAUCUCAAUCAGCCCUCUAACAAAAAUGUUAGUUGACACACUGCAAAAGCAGUAAGAGGAAGCUCCUUUUUCUCCUAAAUAAAUCAAUUCUAUUCUUCUUUACUUUGUUCUCAAUUCUCUUAAGAUAAUUUUAAAUCUUUUUCUUUCUAUUUAUUGUUGUAAUUUAAUUAAUUUUCUAGAAAAUAGUUUUAAUUACUUGAGUUUCUUCGCUCUACCAGCGUCCAUCUCAAUUCUGCUCAUCUGUUUGACUCCGUCAUCAUCUUUAAUAAUUGGAUAAAGGAGAAAAUGUCUGAGUCUGAAAUGAUUAGAAAUGACAAAAAUGAAGCCAAAUAUUCAUCAACAACUCAAAAAGUUAAUAAAAAUAAGUUGGGUAAAUUUCUUAGAAAGUGACAAAUUAUUAUUACAUCGAACCUCCUAAUUCCACUCACCAUGAACCUCUGGUUCGGGUAUAAAAAAGAGAGGGUGGAAAUUGAGUUGAUCGUCAUUCGCUUCCUCGUCUUCAAGCCUUUUACUUGAUCUUCACUUGAUUUUCAUCUUUUACCUUUUUUCUUUUUUUUCUUUUUAUCUUUUUUUCUAUUUGUUAAUUGUUCUAUUUUCUUAAUUGAUCAAAAUGUCUACUGUUACCGAAAAAAUCAUUGGUUGGAAUAUUUUAUCAGAGGAAAUUAAAGCAAUCAAAUUGAAAGAUUUGGUUAAUUUAACUCGAACCUUUGAAAGUCUAAUUAAUGACAUCAUAAUCUCCGAAAGUGAAAGAGCUGUUUUGGAAACUCAUAAAUCGGUUAUAAUUCGUGAAGAGAAACAACAAUCAUCUGUCAUUGAUUCGAAUAUUUCUUGGGAAGAUUCGCAACUGAACAAGUCAAUUUCUAAAGUUGAUUGGAGUAUCGAAGAGAAGGGAAAAUCAUCACCACCCGAAGAUAAAGACUCUGAAGUAUUCGUUUGGCCAAUGAUCGAUAUUAUGACUGAGGACGAAAUGAAUAAUGAGACUGAUCAUUGUAAUGGAGAUUCAGGUGAACCAGAAGAAGAACAACAACAACAACAAGAACAAGAGAAAGAAAAAAGUUCCAAGGUCGAAAUGGAUUGGAAUGGAGGAACCAAUUGGUGUUAAUCAAACUCUUUCGACGAUUUGAUGAUUUGGACACUUGAAUAUUCAAUUUGAUUUCAAUUCCAUUUUUCGUAACAUUUUCUAUUCUCUCAACAACAAUUUAACUUGAAUUUUCUUUCAUUAUUGUAUUUUAAUCAUUUCCACUUUGAUCUUGUGUCCAAAAACCAUAAAUACAAGAAUAAAAUUUUAAUUCAAAUUCCAA